GAGGCGGCGGCGCGGCGGAGGAGGGGCGCAGCCGCUGAGCCUCCAGCCCCGCUCGGACGCGCUUCAGUCCAGAUACUCCCGGAGCUCCAGCCGCGCGCGUCGCGCGCCCCCACCGCUCUGGCCCCAAACUUCAGCUGCAGCUACAUUUCAAGCCAUCUAAUUUAUCUCUCAAGAUCAGAAACUGAGCCGCGACACGGGGAAGGAGUCCGCGGAGGAGUAAAACAACAGCUGAGCUAGAAGAGCUCUGGAGAGCAGCCUCCUCAGAGCACUAACUCGGCGUCGCGAGCGCAGAAACCAACAAGUGAGAAGGCGCUGCGUUCCCAGGGCGCAGCCGAAGGCGGUGGGAGCAGGCGCCGGAGGAGCGAGUGAGCGCCGCCGAGCCCGGAACCCGAGCCGGAGCCGGAGCCGGAGCCCCGGAGCCCGAGCCUCGGUCGCUGCGGCUGCUCAGCUCCGGAUCUUUCUGCGCGGACUGCGCGCGGCGCCGGGAGGAGGCUGCGUUUUGUCCUGGUUGCAGGCGGCGUCCGGGAGCAGCUGGUCUCCGGGGAAUAUGCGGCGCGCGUGGAUCCUGCUCACCUUGGGCUUGGUGGCCUGCGUGUCGGCGGAGUCGAGAGCAGAGCUGACAUCUGAUAAAGACAUGUACCUCGACAACAGCUCCAUUGAAGAAGCUUCAGGAGUGUAUCCUAUUGAUGAUGACGACUAUGCUUCUGCGUCUGGCUCAGGAGCUGAUGAGGACAUAGAAAGUCCCGAGCUAACAACAUCUCGACCACUUCCAAAGAUACCGUUCACCAGUGCUGCUCCGAAAGUGGAAACUACAGCACCGAAGACACAGAACAAAAUACCUGCUCAGACAAAGUCACCUGAAGAAAUUGAUAAAGAGAAAGUCUCCCUCUCUGAUUCUGAACAGAAAUCGGACACAUCUGAAGAGAAUAAAAUUGUGUAUACUGAGAAGCAUUCAGACAACCUGUUUAAACGAACAGAAGUGCUGGCAGCUGUCAUUGCUGGCGGAGUUAUCGGCUUUCUCUUUGCAAUUUUCCUUAUCCUGCUGCUGGUGUAUCGCAUGAGGAAGAAGGAUGAAGGAAGCUAUGACCUGGGAGAACGCAAACCGUCCAGCGCUGCUUAUCAGAAGGCACCUACUAAGGAGUUUUAUGCGUGAAACUCCCAUUUAGUGUCUCUAUUUAUGAGAUCACUGAACUUUAAGAAAAAAAAAAUAAAGCUUUUGCAUAGAUUAACGAAGAUCUUUGUUUUUUUUUUUGUUUUUUUCAUUAAAGAGCCAUUCCGGCACUUUAAUGAUAAAACCCCAUUGUAUUUAAAACUUUUCAUGUAUUUCUUUAGAACAACAUAAAAUUUAAAAACUUAACAUCUGCAGUGUUCUGUGAAUAGCAGUGGCAAAAUAUUAUGUUAUGAAAAUCCUCAAUGUUUAUGGAAUCGGUUUAAGCUUUUAUGCGCAAAUACAAAAGGAUUGUUUUUAUUCAGUGGUUCCAAGAGGGAAGAUGUUUCAUUUGUGUUAGCAUGUCUCAGAUUGACCUUACAAAGUUGGUCUUCCUUUGUUAAUUUAUCUGUUUCCCCCCCCUCUCUUCUGCAACACCUUUUGUCCCCUUAAAAACAAAACAAAACAAAAUUCUAUGCCUUUUGUAGCUGUUACAGUGCAAUUUGUCUCUGGAUAAUUCAGAUAAUGGUAAUUUAGUGUAUAUGUGAUUUUCAAAUAUGUAAACUUUAACCUCCACUUUGUAUAAAUUUUUAAGUGUCAGACUGUCCAUUUUACACUCGCUUUGUUUUCAUUACCUGUAGCUUCAGACAGAUUUGCAAUAGCAAGUUAAUGUGUAAAAUUGGAUUAUUACCACAAAACUGUUUAGUCAUAUCUAUCUAAUCAGAUCUUCUUUUGGGAGGAUUUGAUUUGAGUUACUGACAAGCCUCAGCAAACCCAAAGAUGCUUAACAGUAUUUUGAGAAGUUGCUGCAGAUUCUUUUGGCCACUGUAUUUGUUAAUUUCUUGUAAUUUGAAGGUACGAGUAUGGAUUUAAGGAAAAAAUUGGUUUUUGUUCUUAAAAAUGCAAUUUUAAGUUGUAAACGUCUUUUUAAGCCUUUGAAGUGCCUAUGAUUCUAUGUAACUUGUCGCAGACUGGUGUUAAUGAGUAUAUAUAACAGUUUAAAAAGUUGGUAUUUUAUAAGCACAGACAAUUCUAAUGGUAACUUUUGUAGUCUUACGAAUAGACAUAAAUUGUAAUUUGGGAACAUAAAAACUACUGAAUAAAUCAUGUGGCCUAAUAUUGAAAAUGUCACUGUUAUAAAUUCUAUGCAUUUCGAUCAAAUGUACAUCUCCCCUUUACUAACAGCCGUCUGCUUUCAAAGAUGAUGUGGGUUUGAUUUCUGUGUGUUCCAGAGUAUCCGUAAAUCCAAACCAAAGAGCUCAUUGAUGAGGCUGUUUAUUACCAGAUUCGCUUCUGAAUUGGCCAGAGUAAAUCUGAAUGUAUCGCCUUGUGUGUGUUCUGUUACAGAUAUUGGAAGGCUGCCAGGGAAUUGUGAAGCUUGCAACCUUUAUGGGAUAGCUGAUGGCAGUAUUGAGAUGGAUGCCUGUUUUUGCAAAUAACUUACAGGACUAUAAAUUCCAAAGAACUGAAGAGCACUCUUCCGGUAGUUAAGGCUUAGGCCUAGAGAUUGAUUUACCUUUGAAAUGGUGCUCCAAAUAUCUCCUGAAGCUUAACAGAAGAACAAAUAGAUGGAAUCCCUUACUUAGUUUACAUCGUAGUUCACACACAGGCAGGAAGGCUCUGUACAUUAAAAGGAGGGCCUCAAUUGCUUUGGAUGGAAGUUGCUGGAAAGCGAUGGAAGUAUGAGAGUGCCCUACCUGGGUACUUCUAAAGGAACAUUUCCUUCUUCUAUUUUUGUCGUUAAUUUUGCUUUACACUGUGAGCCACCAGAGUAGGAAAAGACAGCAAAACAGCAGCGACCUUUCCAACAUACAAUUUACUUUUUAAAUAAAGUGUGAAUACUUCAUUUAGAGAACAUCCCCUGGAUUUGCCACAGAACUCAUUAAGAAAAAGAAAAAAGUUUAAACAGCACUCAGAACAGUGUUUACUUAAAUUCUUAAUGGCCUUAAUUCUCAAAUUCUUGUUCCAUCACUGGCAGAAUCCAUCUAUUUUGGAGUGACUUAAGGGAAGUGCUGGCAUCUUCCAAAGCUAAACAGCACCCCAUCAGUUAACGGAGGUUAAGAAUGGAGUGGGUGUUCCUCUAGCUGUGCAAUGCAUAGUGAAAUUCAGCUCGUAGGAUAACAACUGCUUGGAAUAUCCAUGCCAGGAAAAGAACAUUUCUGGCAAAUAUUUUGUCACUGCUGUAAAGCAAAAUAUUUGUUAAAGUGCCAAAAUAAAGUCUGUCGUGCUGAAAGUGAAAAAUUG